AUGACCACUGUCAGGUCCCUCAUUGCCAUAACAACAAAGAUAAAAUGGGAAAUCUCACAACUGGAUGUGAACAAUGCAUUUUUCCAUGGAGACUUGCAUGAGGAGGUGUAUAUGCAGGCUCCUCCAGGUCUUGAAGUGCACUCUCCGAGGUUAGUUUGCAAGCUGAACAGGUCCCUCUAUGGAUUGAAGCAGGCCAGUAGACAAUGGUAUGAUAAGUUGACUAAAGUCCUAUACUUAAGAGGGUACACAUAUUCCAUGUAUGACUAUUCCUUAUUCCACAGGAAACAAGGUUCUUCUGUUGUCUUUGAUUUGGGGAAGUUUCUAGGGCUAGAAAUCCUUUACAAGUCAGAUGGUAUUAUCAUUUCACAAAGAAAAUUUGUCUUAGACUUGUUAAAGGAAUAUGAGUGUCUACAUUCCCCGGGCCUGACUUCUCCCCUUGAUCCUACAAUAAAGUUGAAAGCUAAAGAGGGGGCUCCAUUGUCUGAUCCUACCUUCUACAGGGAAUUAGUUGGAAAAUUGUACUUCCUUACUAAUACUAGGCUAGACAUAACAUAUGGGGUUCAACAUCUUAGUCAGUUUAUGAAAGAUCCUAGGGAGCCUCACUUGCAUGCAGCCUAUCAUAUGCUGAGGUACCUGAAGAAGGACCCUACUAUGGGUCUAUAUUUCAGCAAUGCAGAUAAUUUUUCGGUGGCUGCCUAUUUUGAUUCUGAUUGGGCAGCCUGCCCUGAUUCUAGAAGAUCAGUAUCUGGUUAUGUUGUAUUUUUGGAUGGUAGCCCUGUCAGCUGGAAGUCCAAGAAACAGAAAACCAUAUCUCUCUCCUCAGUAGAAGCAGAAUACAGAGCUCUCAGAAAGGUUGUUGGUGAACUUGUUUUGGCUAUCAAGACUACUUGA